AUGAUAACCAACAAACCAAUAAAUUACACUGGCUACAGGAAAGACUUUUAGAAUUUCUAAGUUUAAUAACAACAAGACCUUGCUCCAGCUGUUGUCUAGUAGUAAUAUUAAAGAGAGGAUAGCGACUAUUUAAGAAGACUAUAAUAAAACGACGCAUCUGUGAUACCUCAGAAAUACUCAUAGAUUAUGAAAUCUCAAAGAAUGAUAAGGGAUAUGAUGCCUGAAUAGCCGAAAUUUAUAAGAGAUAAUAUGGCGAUUAACGAUAUUAAUGGAGACAAAAGGCAAAGUGUAUACAAAACAGUUGCAAGAGAUAUACUGAGUACAAAGGACAUUGAUGGUAGUCAUCCUAAAAACUAACAAUUUCUGAAUAAAAACUAUGACACUUUAGAUUACACAGACGUUAGCAAAAGAAGGUAAACCAAUUUUGGGCAAAGAAACCCUUUAGAUCCUGUCUAUUUUUUGAUAAAUCAAGACGGCUAAAAAGUAUCAUAUGGCUAAAUAGAAGGCAAACCAACAUCUGUUAUCAUGAAUAAAUUCGAGCAGGCUUCAUAAAACUUAGACUAAGGAUCGAGCUACAAGCAAAGGUUCAAUGUUUAUGGAAAGGAAAUAGCUCCGAGAGAUGCUUUGAAAACUGAUGAUAUUGAGGGAGCCUAGCCUAAACAAAACAGAAAUUUGACAUUUAAACACUCGACUAGAUAGAGUGAUCCAUUAAACCCUAACUAUAUUUACCCUGGGUUCAAUGAUGUGCAAUAAUAUAUAGAAUAGUAAUAGUAGUUGAAAAAUAAUAAUGAACUCAGGAAAAACCAAAGCAUGCAAAAUUUGAAUUCUAAAGAUAUGAUGUAAAAUUAGAAUCAAUUGGAUAACCAGACUUUUCAUGGAAAAUUGACAAGAAAUGAAUCUAUGCCUAAUAUAAAUAAUAAUCAUAAUUACAGCAGGACUUAGCUUUUCCAAGGAGAGAACAAUAGAGUGCUUUUGUGA